AUGGGUCACCCGCUACAUACAAAUGGCAAUAGCCCCACAAACGGCAUCUCACACGAAUCUGAGUCUGGUCCAUCAUCAUCAUCAAACAAUCAUGCGUCAUCAUCAUCUUCUUCUUCAAUCGUACCGGGAUCUUUACCUCCUCAUGUGACGAGUUCCAUUCGACCAAUUCGCCCUUCUGGUCAUCUGAUGUAUGAAGAUGAUCGAGAUUGGACUGAACAACAUGAAGGUCUCGUCGAUGACGCAAAAGAAAGUAUAGAUGAUGGUAUGGAUGAAGAUGGUCUGAUUGAUGAUAGGGCUUCGAAAAGAAGAUCAACCGGAAGACCUGGUGUAGGUGGAGGCAAGAGAAUGCCUGUCGAAAGGGAAGAAGCUGUCAGGUUGAUGCUACAAGGUCUGCGAGAUAUAGGUUACCACCAAGCAGCAGACGUACUUGAGAUAGAAUCGGGAUAUCAACUCUCUUCACCAUCCGCUUCAGAUUUUCAGUCAGCUAUCUUAGGCGGACGAUGGUCUGAAGCUCUUGCUCUUCUUCCUGAAUUGGGUAUACCCAUUACGAUUCAACAAGAACCAGAAUCUUCAGGUAGCAGUAUCGCAUCGGGUAAAACCAAAGCUAUCGUAGCGGGGAAAGGUACUGGAAGUAUAUCAGGUCAAGCAAACUUCCUCAUUGCUCAACAGAAGUACCUCGAGUAUCUUGAAGUAGGUCAACAAAAGAAAGCUCUAGGUGUGUUGAGAGGAGAAUUAGCAAGAGUAGCUAAAGAUCAAGAGGUUCUUCACUCUUUAUCAGGCUUCAUGAUGUGUCUUGAUAAAGACGACUUGUAUGAACGAGCAACGUGGGACGGCGCUCAAGGUGCCUCUCGUAGGCAAUUACUCGAACACUUACAAGCUUUCAUCUCCCCUCAGAUAAUGGUACCGUCCCGUCGGCUCGCGACGUUGUUUGACCAAGCAAGGAGAAACCAACAAUUGUCAUGUCUUUAUCACGAAGAACCAGAAAGUUCUUCAUUAUAUGUUGACCACAAGUGCGAAAGCGGACAAUUUCCUUCCGUCACCACACAUGUUUUGGCAGACCACUCAGAUGAGGUAUGGAGGAUCGAAUGGAGUCCCGAUGGAAUGUUUUUAGCUAGUGCAGGGAAAGACAAAACGGUUGUCAUAUGGCAAUUGCAGCCUACACCUAAAGAAGGAGGUGGAACACAAUAUAGCGUUGUGCCUUUCGUGCCACUCAAACGACAUGCGGAUGCUGUCGAUGCCAUGGCUUGGUCUCCUGACGGGAAGACUUUAGUCACAGGUGCAGAUAAGAAUGUUUUUGUCUGGAAUGCCAAAACGGGUGAAGAAAAACCUAAACCUUCCGCUAGCUCACAGCAUGGGGAUAUGAUCAGUGCUAUACAGUGGUUACCAGAUGGAUCUGAAUUUAUAGUUGCAUCCAUGGAUUGUAAAGUGGUAUUUUACACUCCAGAAGGACAUAUGCUGCGUCAAUGGUCCGCUUUCCCCCUUCAACUGAACGAUUUUGUCAUUACUCCGGAUGGCAAACGAAUCGUAGCCAUAACAACUCACUUGAAACGAGUGUCCCACAAUGACAAGCUAAAACAAGCAAUGUCUGCUCGUCCAGCAGAUGAAUCCGAAACGACUCCUGCUGUUCCUGUGAUCGGCCCCAAUGGCGGUCCGAUACAACCAUUCCAAUACGCUACAAUGGAGCAUUCGAUCGCGGUGAUAAGGAUCGCAGACCACGAGAUCAUCGACUGGUCACAAGAUUUGAGAUGCGAGACGACGAGUAUAAAGAUUUCAAGUGAUGGCAGGAAGGUUAUCGUCAGUUGUACACCUGAUGAAAUCCAGGUGUGGUCUAUAGAUCCAGGAUUGAAAUACGUUCGCAAGCAUAGUGGUCAUGUUCAAGGACAUUUCCUUAUUCGAAGUUGUUUUGGUGCGCCUAAAGAUCGGUUCGUCUUAUCAGGUAGCGAGGAUGGUCAUGUUUAUGUUUGGCAAGGAUCGUCGCCGAAUCCUAUUGAAGUUUUAUCGGGACAUAAAGAUGUGGUAAAUUCAGUAGCCUGGAAUCCUAUAUCUUCAAGAAGGAUCUUCGCGAGUUGUAGUGACGAUCACACGAUACGAAUAUGGCAACCACCUCUCACUCUAGGUGAAUCUACUUCAUCGCAUAAUGAAAAUGAUGGUAUAGAAGGAGACGGGAUGAAGAUUGCACAAGAUGAAGGUAUGAUAUUGUAG